AUGGAUGAAGCUGCUAGUCAUGGCUAUGACAUUGCUAGUUGCGAGUUUGCUCAAUAUCUGGAUAGUCAAGACAAAUUCAAGGAAUUUCGAGAGUUAUUUUAUAUUCCACGAAAGAAAACUUUGCCUCUAAUUGAUUUAUCCUUGGUCGAUGGUGAGAGUGAGAGUAUCUAUCUUCUUGGUAAUUCUCUCGGCUUACAGCCCAAGCAAACUCGACAGCGUUUAAUAGAACACCUGGACAAAUGGGCUGAAAUGGGUAUCGAAGGACAAUUCCACGGGAAUGAUCGCUGGGUUGACUUUCAGGAUACGAUGACUAAGGAUUUGCUAUGUCCUAUUGUUGGAGCUAAGCCUAUUGAAAUCUGCGUAAUGAAUGCAGUUACUGUUAACAUUCACCUGCUAAUGAUAUCUUUUUAUCAACCUACUGCCGAAAGAUGCAAGAUUCUUAUUGAAGACGGAGCAUUCCCUUCUGAUCAUUAUGCAGUCCAAUCACAGAUACGAAUGCGUGGUUAUGAUCCAGAUGAUGCAAUGAUAAUAGUAAAAGCACGAGAUGGAGAAACUACUAUAAGAACGGAAGAUGUAAUAGCCAAGAUAAACGAAUUUGGUGAUUCUAUUGCUAUGAUUUUAUUACCUGGAGUGCAAUUUUAUACUUGUCAGUUGUUUGAUAUUAAAGAAAUUACUAAGGCAGCACACGAUAAGGGGUGCAAUAUAGGUUGGGAUUUAUGUCAUGCGGCUGGUGCCGUUGAAUUAAAAUUACAUGAAUGGGACGUUGAUUUUGCUGUUUGGUGCUCUUAUAAGUACCUAAAUAGCGGUCCAGGAUCGGUUUCAGCAUGUUUUGUACAUGAAAAGCAUGCACAUCGGAAAGAUUUUAAUAGACUUGAAGGCUGGUUCGGUCAUCGUUUAGAAACCAGAUUUGAUAUGUCAAACGUCAUGGAGAGUAUUCCUGGCGCAUCGGGCUUUCAAAUAUCUAAUACACCUGUUGCUGAAGUUGUUAAACUCGUUAGUAGUUUAGAUAUCUACUCAAGAGUAUCACUACCGAAGCUAUUUGAAAAAGCUCGCAAAGGUGUGAUAUAUAUGGAAGCACUUUAUAGGCAUUACUUUAUGAAUAAUGCCACAUCGACUGACUGUAAGAAAGUAGAGACUGUUGCGGAUAUUAUUUCACCUACUGAUCCUUUUGGAAGGGGCAAUCACUUAGCAUUCAAAUUUUCGGGUGGCGUUGAUUAUGUUUGUGACGGACUGGCAAAAAGAGGAAUCGUUGUGGAUGUUCGAAGAAAUGAAGUUAUUAGAGCUAGUUUCGCUCCAUUGUAUAAUUCAUUCCAGGACGUUUACACCUUUAUAACUACUUUACAUGACCUGUUUACUCAAGGAAAGAAGUCAUAA